AUGGCCGAGGGCGAGGGCGCUGGCGGAGUCCAGGGCGACCUGGAAAAGGAACUGACGUGCUCGAUCUGUACCGACGUGCUCUACCAGCCGCUCACGCUGCUCGACUGCCUGCACACCUUCUGCGGCGCCUGUCUGAAGGAGUGGUUUGCCUUCCAAGCCUCGACCGCCACGUCGAUACACCCGUACACCUGCCCCUCGUGCCGGGCCUCGGUGCGCACCACACAGCCCAAUGCCACCGUCACCACGCUGCUCGACAUCUUCCUCAAGGCGAACCCCCAGAGCGGCAAAAGCGCCCAAGAGAAGCAGGCGGACCGCGACAGAUACCGGCCAGGCGACAAUGUGCUACCCAAGCUCAGGCGCCGGGAUGAGCGCGAUGACACCCAUCAGCGCAUGCUCGAGGCAGCUCAGCAGCCGAGUCUGAGGGACGCGGGCAUCGCAAGCAGCAGGAGGGCCAGCCGGGAGCCUCGGAGAGAGCGCACAACAAGGGAGCGAAGCCGCAACGGGAGGCGGUCUGCCAGCCAAAAUCCGCCCGGCGCAUCCCCGUCCAGGGCCGUCAUACCGCCCCGCGCCAUCGAGCACCAGUCCAGCCUGCGCUCUCUGCUGAGCGCCUCGGACCUCGACGCAGAAGACGUCGACGAAGAUCUCGUGCGCCAGGUGCUGGAGGAGCUGGUGUCCGAGGGCGUCGACCUGAACCAGAUUGGCACUGCGCAGGAAGACGAGAUCACCGAGAGGAUAGCCGAGGCUGUGCGACGGCGGCAGGCAGAGCGACAUGCUGAAAGACAGCGCGAGAGGAGGGAGAGGCGGGAGCGUCUGGACGACGAAGCUGCGCGCAGGAGAAGGCAUGGACGUUCCGAGAGUGGCGCAUCGACGCCCCAGACGGCAGUAGGACCCCCUAUAUCCAGACCUGCUCUCAUCGACGCCGCAAAUCGAGGCGGGCGGGCACCGCGCCAGCGAUCGUCAAGCCAGGGCAGCUCUCGAUCCGCCACGAGGGUAGAGCGCCCUACACCUGGCUCGGCUCCUGCAAAUCCGGCGACCGGCGACCGUCAUUCAUCAUCGGAGCUCGCUCGUCCAAGGCCACGUCGACAGUCCGACAAUCAGCAGAGAAAUAGGCUCGACGUUCGAGAGCAGUUCCGCAUCAGUCUCCACACCAGCAACAACAAUAACAACAAUGAGACAGUGUCAAGUCCUAGCUCGCCCCAGAGCCUCGGCUUCGAUCUGCCCAACAGCGGCAGUCCAACGACUUCUCUAGCUACAGUUGGCACUCCAGCUGUGCCCUUGUCUUCCUCUACUCCUGCCGUCACGCCUUUCCAGCCUCCUUCGGCUCGCCGUACUACCGACCCUACCACAGCCGAACUGCCACGCUCUUCUCACAGUACUACUCCCCCCUCGCUAUCGCCUCCUGCUUUCCCUCGUUCCACCCCCGAUCCGACCUGUAACACUGGCGACUACGACAUUUGCAUGAGCUGCUACCACAAACUCGUCAUCAGCGGUCGCAUCACCAAAGAAGACGGCGUAAACGGAUGGCGCAAGUGCCUCCGCAGCCAUCGCAUGUACAUUGUAGGAUUCGAAGACCGUGACGGCGCACAACGGCGCAUGGUUGUCCGCGAUCUAGUAGGCGGCUACGCACUGAAAGAAGAAGACGAAAUGGCCAGAGUACAGCGGUACCCACCAGAUGGCGGUAUAGGCUUGAGAUUACUGGCUAGAUGGGGCUAUCUGCCGGAUGAAGGAGUAGAAGAUGAAUUAUCCUUUCCUAGAGGAGCAGAGAUAAGGGAAGCAGCUGAUAUCAAUGGAGACUGGUAUUGGGGUGUUUACUGUGGUGUUGGAAAACUGUUUCCUGCAAACCAUGUCACAUCUGUCUAA